UCAACCGAUACAUAUGAUAAACGUGCAAGUUUAGCCUAUUUCAAACGUCGCCAACCUCAACUAUCCGAUUCCAGAUCUGACAUUUCAUCGUUAUCAGCAGCAGCAAAACGUGCAACUUUAUCCUAUUUUAAACGUGAUCAUUUUGAUCAUCCGCGUUUCAAUGGAUUACAGUAUAUUAAACAGAUUGCAGAAAUUUGUCCAUGUUUAAAUAGAGAAUAUUUAAAUGGGCUGAUGGAACAUCAUAAUGAUGAAGAGGAUAAUUUGGAAUUGGAGAAACGUGCAAGUUUAGCCUAUUUCAAAUGACAAUGUUUCAAAGAGAUUUUGUUUUUGAAAAUGACAAUGCACACACAUGCACACAGACACACAGACACACAGAUCGAUAUGUUUAUUAACUGAUUGUUGUAAAAAUAAAACUGGAGUAACAACAGCAACAAUCAAUCCACACUCAACAGGCAUAUUCACAUAAAAUUUAUCAUUGAAUCAUAAUUACUAUUAUUAUCAUGAUUAAUGAUUAUCAAUAUUUGAGAAUGUUUACACGAAUAAAUUUUCUUGGAAGUAAAUAA